CACACUCACCAGCUGCCAAUUAAAAGUCCAAACAAAAAUGUCAACAGCUCAAAUUAGUACAAUUUGCAUCCCACAAGUGAAGUUGUUUUCACAUAAACAUUAUCAUUCCCAAAAGCCUAACAAAAUUCCAUUUUUUGGCAAUACUUGUGAAAAUAACAAGUUGACCAAAAGAUUGAGAGAUAGUAGUUGGAAAUUAGGGGUCAACUAUAAUGGCUAUGCCUAUUUCACAUCUCCCUCACACCCUCUCGAAGCCGAAUUGCCGCUAAAUGCAGAAUCUAGCGGCAAUCGAGCAGGAAUUGGGAUCGACGAGUUUUUCCAAGGGAAGAAUAUUUUUGUUACUGGUGCCACUGGCCUUGUCGGAAAAGGCAAACGAUAAGGAGAGCGCGCUCGAUCGAUUAUCAAAAGAUAUUAUCCAAUCCGAACUUUUCGAAUGCUUACGGAAAGAAUACGGAAGCGGAUUUGAAGAAUUCGCACGCGAGAAGUUGGUUCCGGUCGUUGGAAAUGUUUGUCAACCGAAUCUCGGAAUGGAUGCUUAUUCUUCCGGUGUUGUCAUGGAUGAAGUAGAUGUCAUAGUGGGAUCUGCAGCAAGCACGACCUUACACGACAGGUACGAUUCAUUGAUCGAUGCAAAUGUGAGCGCCCCACAACGGCUAAUGAGGUUCGCUAAGAAAUGCAAGAAUCUCAAGCUUUUCGUGCACAUCUCGACCGCAUAUGUCAAUGGAAGAAAAGAAGGCAUAAUCUACGAGAAGCCGUUGGUUAUGGGAGGAAAUGGGAGAAACGAAGAAGACUUCGCGACGUCUUCAUCUAAUUGGGGAAUAGAUUUAACCGACGAGAUGAACCUCGUUAUGAAAUCGUGCGUGGGCUCCACUGAAUUCGACGCAACAAAAGAACUAAAAAGGCUUGGUCUUGAGAGAGCUGCAUUCUACGGAUGGUAUAAUCCAUAUCAUUCGACUAAGGCCAUGGGCGAAAUGGUCCUUAACGAAAUAAGAGAAAACGUGCCCGUGCUUAUCAUAAGACCAACCGUUAUCGAGAGUAGCUACGAACAACCUUUCCCUGGGUGGAUACAAGGAAAUAGAAUGUUCGAUCCGGUCAUUAUUUCUUACGGCAAAGGACUACUUCCGGCUUAUUUGGCCGAUCCCAACGCACACGUGGACAUUGUUCCAGUUGACAUUGUGGCUAAUACAACGCUUGCAGCUAUUGCGAAACACGGAAGCAUAAAUAAGCCACGAUUAGACGUUUACCAUGUGGCGACCGACUUUGUGAAUCCCCUGAAAUUUUCGAAUUUCUUCGAACACAUCCACGAACACUUUACCGCAAACCCAUUGACUUGCUCGGGAGACUUUCCGAAAAUGGAGUUGUUCAAUGAUUUUAACGAUUUCUCUAAAUACGUUCGGGAUGUGAUAUCCGAACGCACCGGAUUGAAGAAUGUUGCAGAUGAAACAAAUGGAAACGCGGUUCAAAAGAUCCGAAAAUUGUACAAAGCGAAGGUCGCUUAUGCCGAGCAGUUGUGCAAAUUGUACGAGUUCAUAGGAUUCUUCAAAGCCAGGUUCCACACUGGAAACACCCGGAAGUUACUAGACGAGAUGUCGAAAGAGGAGCAAGAUAAGUUCGAAAUCGAUGCAACGAAAAUCGACUGGAGAAAGUACUUUGUCGACAUUCAUAUCCCGGGCGUGAGAAAACAUGUCUUGAAUAACAAAAUGACUAUCUGAAAAACUUGUAAUUGUCAUGUAAUUAAGCAAAUAAAUGAAGAAGACAUUAUGAUUAGUAUGGUAAUUGAUUAAGGAGGAAGAACAUGUAUACGUAUAUGUAAGUGAAGGCUACAAAGUCUUGUGUUUUUUCCUCAAUUCUGUAAGUUGUAACAACACUCUAAUAUAUAAAAUUCAUAAUUUGUCAUGCUGUUCAUGAACAUUAUUUAGC